AUGGGUAAUCGAGGAAGGCAGGCCAAGAAGCAGCAAGGGCCACCAUCUGCAUACAAUGACGGCACAAGCAAUUCUAAAUCUAAAUUCAACAAUAACAAGAAGAAACCAAACGCCAAAAACAGACGAGACGAGAAACAUAAAAACAGAGAGCCAUAUCAAGAUUCUCGUAAAAGAAGACCAGAGGAGGAUAAAAUGGACUCUGAUGAUGACGAUCAACAGGAAAAUGGUAUUCAAGUCCUCAAUCGACCCGUCAAGAAGGCCAGAGUCGAUGCAAAGAAGUCAACGGUAUCUAUAAAGAAGAUUAGCAAGAUCCAACAGCACGGUUCUGACUCGGAAGAUGGUGCUGACGACGAAGACAUAUAUCAGGCGAAAGCUGGAGCUGCUGAUCUUUUAGCUAUGGGCAGCGGUGAUGACGACGAGGAGAUGCAAGAUCUACAAGCUCUAGAAACUCUAGAAGAUACCAUGGGAGACAUGGACGAUGACGAAUUCCAAGAUGAUAGCACCGUCGUAAAAUCGAAAUCAUUUGAUUUGGAAGACAUGUCAGAUGUAGAAGCUGAUCUAGACGAAGAUAUCAAGAUUGAUAGUGACGAUAAUGAUGAUGAGGACGAUGAUGACGAAGAUCAAGACAUUGAAGUCCAAUCUCGUAAAUUAGAUGCUCGCGCUAAAAAGAGUGCCAAGAUGGCAGAGGAAGAGUUUAAGACGAAUAUAGCCGAUUCAGAGCAAUUUGUAUUGCCUGAAGUCAUCAUGGCGGAUAGUGGUAGUGGAGAUGAAGAUGAGGAUGCUAUUGGUGGAGUCGUCAAGUCUGCUGAGGACUUGAAUGUUGUUUCUACUAGGAUGAGAGAGAUUGUGCGUAUUCUCUCGAACUGGAAGGAACUCAAAGAUCCCAGAAGAUCCAGAUCAGAAUAUGUAUCACAGCUUCUACAUGAUCUCGCUGCGUACUAUGGGUACAACGAUUAUAUGAUGGAUAAGCUCUUCCAUCUAUUCCCUGUUACCGAAGCUAUUGAAUUCUUUGAAGCCAAUGAAGUAGCAAGACCGGUAGUCAUCAGAGCAAACACUCUGAAAACCAGAAGGAAGGAAUUAGCUCAAGCCUUGAUCAAUCGAGGUGUAAACUUGGAAGCCGUGGGCAAAUGGACCAAAGUAGGCCUUCAAGUGUUUGACGCUCCAGUUCCAAUUGGUGCGACUCCCGAGUAUCUGGCUGGCCAUUAUAUGUUACAAGCCGCUUCAUCAUUUUUGCCCGUCAUGGCUCUUGCCCCACAACCAAAUGAGCGUGUUUUGGAUAUGGCUGCUGCUCCUGGGGGUAAAACUACAUAUAUAGCAUCUCUGUUGCAAAACACCGGAUGCGUGUUUGCCAAUGACGCAAACAAAGAGCGUUGCAAAGGUCUCAUGGCCAACAUCCAUCGUAUGGGCGUCAAGAAUGCUGUAGUAUGUAACCAUGAUGGUAGAGAAUUUCCAUCGGUGAUCGGUGGAUUCGAUCGUGUAUUGUUGGAUGCUCCAUGUUCAGGCACCGGUGUUAUAUCUAAGGAUCCGUCUGUAAAAGUGAAUAAGUCGGACAAGGACUUUUCUCUAUUGUCGCACAUUCAAAAGGAAUUGAUCUUGGCAGCUAUUGAUUCUGCAGAUGCCCUCUCCAAAAGUGGAGGAUAUGUAGUCUACUCUACAUGUUCGGUGACUGUAGAAGAAAAUGAAGAGGUGGUCAAUUACGCUCUAAAGAAGAGACCGAAUGUCAAAUUGGUGCCAGCUGGUCUUGAAUUCGGACGUGAGGGCUACACGAGCUACCGUGGCAAGUCCUUCCACCAAACUCUCAAUCUCACACGACGCUUCUACCCACACGUGCACAACAUGGAUGGCUUUUACGUUGCGAAAUUCAAGAAGCUGUCCAACAAGAUACCGUCAACGGAUGGCAAAGAGGACGACGAAGAAUCAACUGCUAUUGCCCCAGCCUCUACUGGAAAAUCAAAAAGUAAGAAGAGUAAAAAGCAACCCGCCGCUGAAGAGCAACCUGAGAUUACAUUCGAUGAAGAUGAGGAUGCAGCUUAUAUAAGGGCCGCUGAAGAACGCCGAUUGAAGAAGAAGGGAAUCAAAAUCACUCGUAAGGAAUAG